AUGCCAGCAGGAGCCUCCACCCCGCAGAGCGGAAUGAUGCAAAUUACAACGGCGAAACUGGGGGCUGUAGAGCAGCGGUGGGUGGCCCAGUUGGCAAACUACGAUUAUCAGCUCCAGUACCAGCCGGGAAGGGAACAUGUAAAUGCGGACGUUCUGUCCCGGCUCCCGGAGGAGAGGGGCCGGGAGGAGGUGCCAGAACAGGAGCCCAACCAUGAGGAGGGGUACAUGGUGGGCAUUAUUGAGGCACCGAGAAGCCAACAAGAGGUAGUACCGCUGAGCUGGGGUUGGGACCCCGAGCUCUGGAGAGCGGCAACAAGGGGACAAUCGAGUAAAGACACUGAGCCAUUGGCUGGAGCAGGGCCGAGAGCCGACGCCAACAGAGAGACAAGCCCAGGAUGGGGUGGACCUGAUCCAGGGCUGGGUGAAGAGAUUUGCCAGAUCGUGGUACCCGAAAAUCAGGUGCAGGCAUUAAUCACGGCAUACCACGACCAGUUGGGGCACCAAGGGCAGGAGAAUACGGCAUCUUUGUUAUGCAGACAUUUCUAUUGGCCUGGGCUGGAAACAUCCGCAUGUGCGGCUGCCUGUGGACUUGAUGCUGGGACGGCUACGGUUGAAGGGGAGGUGAGCCUGACGGAGUGGGUGGACCGCCACCAUCAAUGCCUUCACUUUGCCUACGGGCAGGUGUCAGAGCGGAUACGGGUCGCUGUGGAGAAAAGCAAGAGGUUGUACGAUCGAACGGCCAGAGAAGCCCCCCUACUCCCGGGAGAGCGGGUCUUAGUGCGAGACAACCGGCGACAAGGAAAGGGCAAGUUAAGUGACCGAUGGAAAGCCAUCCCCUACGUAGUGCUCAGACAACAGCGGCCGGGACAACCGGUGUAUACCAUCCGGCCAGAGGGGAAGGCUGGGCCUGAACGGGGCUGGGAGAAAAUCGCUUUGUUACUUUCGUCCCGCUUUACUUUUGCCCAGGUUCUCCCCUACUGGAAACUGAAGAGCAGUCUGAAGAGAAUCAAAUACGGAAGUCAAGCGUAUAGUCCCUUGAAAACAUACGCCAGUUGCCAGGUGCUGAUUUCAAACAUUCACUCCGGACAAAAUGAAGCUUUACCCAGAGUUACAGUGAGUGUAACACCAGACAGAUCUGUGUUCACUGGAGAGACAGUCACUCUGAAGUGUGAGAUAGAGGAUCAGUACAGAUCAUUUAACUGGAGAUAUCUGUGGUAUAAAAACACAACUGAAGUGUUUAACUCUGAGAAUUACACUGUAAACAGAGACUCUCUCACUAUCAAUGGAGUUACUGAAUCUGAUCAGGAUGAGUUCAGCUGUAGUGCAGAGAGAGAUGGACGACCUCCACUAUCAAGCUCAUCUGUUAUUCUUACUGUAAAGGCUUUACCCAGAGUUACAGUGAGAGUAACACCAGACAGAUCUGUGUUCACUGGAGAGACAGUCACUCUGAAGUGUGAGAUAGAGGAUCAGUACAGAUCAUUAAACUGGACAUAUCUGUGGUAUAAACGUCGUAGUGAAAUGUUAAACUUUGGGCAUUACAUUGUAAACAGAGACUCUCUCACUAUCAAUGGAGUUACUGAAUCUGAUCAGGAUGAGUUCAGCUGUAGUGCAGAGAUCAAUGGACAACCACGGACUUCACUAUCAAGCUCUGCUGUUAAUCUCACUGUGAAGGCUUUACCCAGAGUUACAGUGAAAGUAACACCAGACAGAUCUGUGUUCACUGGAGAGACAGUCACUCUGAAGUGUGAGAUAGAGGAUCAAUACAGAUCAUUAAACUGGACAUAUCGGUGGUAUAAAGACACAAAUGGGACUUCAGUGUUUGUGGGAAACAUCUACACCAUCCUCUCACCAUCAGAUCAGGAUGAGUUCUGGUGUAGAGGAGAGAGAGAUGGACGACCCUCAUCCUCACAGUACAGUGAUCAUGUGACUCUCUCUGUUAAAGCUUUACCCAAAGUUACAGUGAGAGUAACACCAGACAGAUCUGUGUUCACUGGAGAGACAGUCACUCUGAAGUGUGAGAUAGAGAAUCAGUACAGAUCAUUAAACUGGACAUAUCAGUGGUAUAAAGACAGAACUGAAGUGUUAAACUCUGAGUGUUACACUGUAAACUGUGACUCUCUCACUAUCACUGGAGUUACUGAAUCUGAUCAGGAUAAGUUCAGCUGUAGUGCAGAGAUACACGGACGACCAAAAACUUCACUAUCAAGCUCUGCUGUUUAUCUCACUGUGAAGGGAUCAAAACCUAAGCUCACAUCAGAUACUGAAGGAUCUGUACUGACAGAUAACACAGUGACUCUGAAGUGUCACAUUGAUCAUUGGUCUACCGGAUGGAAGUUUUAUUGGUACAAACACACACAAAACACUGAGAAGACGACAACAGAAACAAACUCUUACACAAUACACAGUGUUAAAGUUUCAGAUGGAGGUCAGUACUGGUGUAGAGCUGGAAGAGGAAAACCAGACUAUUACUCAGACUACAGUGAUGGACUGUGGAUAAAUGUUAAAGGGAGUCCUAAACCUCUAGUGAGUGUUGAUCCUGACAAACAGCUGUUCAGAGGAGAAACUGUUACUCUGAGAUGUGACAUACAGGAUACAGGAGACACUGAGUGGACAUACAGCUGGUUUAAGUGGACAUAUAACUGGCACCAAUGCAACGCACAAGAGUGUAAAAUCAACAACAUUCAACAGACUGACAGUGAUAAAUACACCUGUAGAGGAAAGAUACGUGAACACAACACUGAGAUGAGUGAUGCUGUUACACUGACUGUAUCAUCAGAUAAACCACAGACAGUUUUAAGUGUUUCUCCACAGCAGUGGUUGACUGAAGGAGAUUCAGUGACUCUGAUGUGUGAGGUUAGAAGUUCAUCUACAGGCUGGACAUUCAGCUGGUUCACUGUACAGAGUCUUUACUCAGUUGACUAUCAGCUGGUGUCAAAGAGCAGUGGAGGCUCUAAAGGCAUCUACACAGUGAGUUCAGUGACUGUGAAGCAUACAGGAGUUUAUAUGUGCAGAGCAGAGAGAGGAGAUCCAGUCUACCACACAGAGUACAGUAACACACAAACACUGUGGAUCACUGGUGUUUCUCCUUCAGUCUCUCUGAUCAUCAGACCCAACAGAUCUCAACACUUCUCAUCUGAAUCUCUCUUUCUGAGCUGUGAGGAUCACAGUAACUCUACUGGAUGGACAGUGAGAAGAUACACAGACAAACUGAACACUUGUUCAUCAUCAGACUGGAGAUCUACAGGAACAACAUCUACAUGUACAAUCAGAUCUCUCGACACAUCUGAUACUGGAGUGUACUGGUGUCAGUCUGAAUCUGGAGAGAAACUUCAUCCUGUUAAUAUAUCAGUACACUAUGUUGAUGUGAUUCUGGACAGUCCUGUUCAUCCUGUGACUGAAAGAGAUCCUCUGACUCUACGCUGUUUAUAUCAAAAUAAAAAACCCUCUAACCUGAGAGCUGAAUUUUAUAAAGAUGGAUCAGAGGUGCAGAGUCAGACUACAGGAGACAUGAUGAUCAUCCCUACAGUCUCAAAGAUAUAUGAGGGUUUCUACUACUGUAAACACCCAGAGAGAGGAGAGUCUCCAACAAGCUGGAUCUCAGUCAGAGCCGCAAGAUCUUCAUCUCUUGGUCUUAAUCUUGGUUUUGUGCUGAGCUUCAUGUUUUUGAUCUUUUUCUUGGUUCUGCUGUGGUGCUACAAAAACAAAAAACUCUCUCAGUGUCUCUCAGCUGUCAGUCAACAGAAGAACAUCAGUCUGACAUCAGAUCAGAAACAGGCUGAAGAUGUUUACACUCCAUUGCCGACUGACAAUGUACGUAAAGCAGCUGAUCACAUCUAUGCUGAUAUUGAACUGAAAUCUAAGAAAGAAAUUAAGAAAAAGAAGAAAGGUAAAAACAAAACAUUAUUUCUAUGAAGGCUUCACAAGACAUAAAGCUUUGACAAAUGGUCUUUUAAACUUUAUUCAUUACAAGAGAUGCUCAUCUAUAUUCUAUUACAACAGAUGAUAAAGACACAAGU